GGUUGCCAUGGGAACCUGGAUGCUGACGAAGGCUCGCGAGGCUGUGAGCAGCCACAGUGCCCUGCUCAGAAGCCGGGGGCUCGUCAGUCAAGCCGGUUCUAGGUUCUCACUUGGCAGCACGGGGAAGCAGGCGAGUGGCCCCCGGUUCCGGGAGCAGAACAGCAGUGUCCCAGCCCCGGUCCUCCAGCCCCAAGCCUCGCCUGCCCGCACGGCACCAGGAUGGCCACCAUCACCUGCACCCGAUUCACGGAAGAGUACCAGCUCUUUGAGGAACUGGGAAAGGGAGCCUUCUCGGUGGUUCGCAGGUGCGUGAAGGUGUUGGCUGGCCAGGAGUAUGCUGCCAAGAUCAUCAACACCAAGAAACUCUCUGCCAGAGACCAUCAGAAGCUGGAGCGUGAAGCCCGCAUCUGCCGUCUACUGAAGCACCCCAACAUCGUCCGGCUCCACGACAGCAUCUCUGAGGAGGGACACCAUUACCUGAUCUUCGACCUGGUCACCGGUGGGGAGCUGUUUGAGGACAUCGUGGCCCGGGAGUAUUACAGUGAGGCUGAUGCCAGUCACUGUAUCCAGCAGAUCCUGGAGGCCGUGCUGCACUGCCACCAGAUGGGAGUGGUGCACCGGGACCUGAAGCCGGAGAAUCUGCUGCUGGCCUCCAAGCUCAAGGGCGCUGCGGUGAAGCUGGCGGACUUUGGCCUGGCCAUAGAGGUGGAGGGGGAGCAGCAGGCAUGGUUUGGGUUCGCAGGGACACCUGGAUACCUCUCUCCAGAAGUGCUGCGGAAGGACCCGUAUGGGAAGCCUGUGGAUCUGUGGGCCUGCGGGGUCAUCCUGUACAUCCUGCUAGUUGGGUAUCCCCCAUUCUGGGAUGAAGACCAGCACCGCUUGUACCAGCAGAUCAAAGCCGGCGCCUAUGAUUUCCCAUCACCAGAGUGGGACACCGUGACCCCAGAAGCCAAGGAUCUGAUCAAUAAGAUGCUGACCAUCAACCCAUCCAAACGCAUCACGGCUGCUGAGGCCCUCAAGCACCCCUGGAUCUCGCACCGGUCCACCGUGGCGUCCUGCAUGCACAGACAGGAGACCGUGGACUGCCUGAAGAAGUUCAACGCCAGGAGAAAACUGAAGGGAGCUAUCCUCACCACGAUGCUGGCCACCAGGAACUUCUCUGGAGGGAAGAGUGGGGGAAACAAGAAGAAUGAUGGUGUGAAGAAAAGAAAGUCCAGUUCCAGCGUUCAGUUAAUGGAAUCUUCAGAGAGCACCAACACCACCAUUGAGGACGAAGACACCAAAGUGCGGAAACAGGAAAUUAUAAAAGUGACAGAGCAGCUGAUUGAAGCCAUAAGCAAUGGAGAUUUUGAGUCCUACACGAAGAUGUGUGACCCCGGGAUGACAGCCUUCGAACCCGAGGCCCUGGGGAACCUGGUCGAGGGCCUGGACUUCCAUCGAUUCUAUUUUGAAAACCUGUGGUCCCGGAACAGCAAGCCUGUGCACACCACCAUUUUGAACCCCCACAUCCACCUGAUGGGCGACGAGUCGGCCUGCAUCGCCUACAUUCGUAUCACACAGUACCUGGACGCUGGUGGCAUCCCCCGCACGGCCCAGUCGGAGGAGACCCGCGUCUGGCACCGCCGGGACGGCAAAUGGCAGAUCGUCCACUUCCACAGAUCUGGGGCGCCCUCUGUCCUGCCCCAUUGAAGGACCAGGCUGGAGCACUGGACUGCAGAGAGCCACUCAUCGUCCGUGGAAUGUCACUGCUGGUUCUCCCACCUUGGAUUUUGCUGGAAUUCCCUCAAUCACAUCACCCCACUACCACCACCAUCACCCUCACCUUCAUACCUGCAUCGAGAAACCUACCCACAAAAGCCAUCUCGUCUUCCGAGCAAAUGGCCACAUCUCCCUGCCUCCCACCUGUCAUUCUCAGUCUCUGUCCCCAGCCAGGGCGGAGCUGCCUCAGGCCUAGGUGCCCCGGGUGCUGGCCCUGAGGACCCCCCACCUGGCUGUCAUUGGCCUAACUUGCCUUGGCUGCAAAACGCCCAGCUGUGUGUUCACCCAGGGGCUGGGGAGGAGAGACAGAGUCAGGAGAUCCCUGAUCUCCCCUCUUCCAGGAUCCCCCGGGAAAGGCAGAUGAACCCCCAAGUCCCUGAGCCCACAUCCCCUGUGGGAGACAGGGAGAGAGGGGCAGGUGCCAGGAGCCUCCUGCCUCAGACGGCCCCCCUCACUCUUCUGCCAUCCUGCCCUGCCCUCCCGCCCCCGCCUGGCACUUCUCCCUCAGUGUGGGGAGCGCGAUCCUCUCAGGGUGCCCCCACUCUCCUUCCUUCUCUGAUGUUUACCUCCGACACUAACUGCCCAUUCCACCCCUCCAGCAGGCCCGGGGAACUCCAGCUUCAUCGUAUCUGAGGGAGAAAACCCGAUUGCUUUUUGGGGCAAAAGAAAGCAACGCCUAGGUUAUCACUUCUAUGGACCGCAUGCCUUUUAUAGCCAAACCCUGUGUGUUUCGUAAAUGGAUUUCACGUUAAUGGAUGUUUAUGUAAUAACUAGACCUCUCAAUUAUUGUGAGGAGGGUUGGGUUGGGAAGGAAAUGGGAAGAGGGCGGAGGGGUAGGUUUUAUUUUUUUUUUCCUGUUCUAAGUCCUUUAUUUAUUUAUUUUUUCAUGUCACCUCUGAGAUGGACUUUGUCACCAGUGGUUACCCAGGGCCCGGGUAGACAGCCCCAGUGGGAAGGACCUCACUGAUAUUUUGGUCCCGAGGUUCUUUUCAGGACCGAAUCAGAUUUUAGUGCUGAGAAGAAACAAUAAAUCAGGGCAGAGAGAGUGGGGGAGGUUUUCAGGAUGGAAAUAUCUGGACUUUUCUUUGCUUGCCUCCCAAAUCAAGGCUCUCACUACCACGCUUCCCAAGAUUUCAUCCCGCCUCCUGUGUGCCACCCCCAGCGUCCCCGCCCCUCCCUGGGGUGGGCUCAUGAGCAUGUGUCUUCAUCGCCGCCCCUUGGUGUCUGCUGGUCCAGGCAGAGCACCGGAGUGUCUACUCUUCAAGCCUCGUCCUGCAGCCGUGGGUUCGCACCGCGCCCGCCUUUUCUCUUUCUUUCUCUUGCCCUCUUCCCUGGGAUUGACUCUGAUGUGGAAUGCCUUGGCAUGUCCACUAGGACCUACUGUCUGCACUGUUUCCUUUGCAUGACUUUAUAUGCAGUAAGUAUGUUGAAAAAAACAGAAAAGAAGAAAAAUCACUCAGCAAAACCAAUCUACGUGUUUUGGACAAAAAAAAUAGAGGUUGUAUUAUCAGUGUCCGACUCGGAAAUAUGUUGCUGCCUCUCUGUGCUUUUGGCCUCUGUGUGGCCGUGUUUUGCCAGCAUGAGAUAUUGUCCCCUCUGGAGGAUUUUAGGGGAGGAAGAGCCACAUCCCCAAGGCUUUAGAGGAGGCACUGAUCCCCCCAAACCUCUGGGGAGUCCUGGGUGGUGGGUGGAGCAGGACGGAUGGGAUGUUUGAUGGAGACCUUUCUGAAUUUUCCCUGAUCGAGGGCUGUCUGCUGGGCUCUUCUCUCAAUUGCUGCUGCCUGGGGGACAGGUGAGGCAGGCAGGUUGGGGCUACAGGGCAGGAAAGAGGCUGCCCAGGCCUCCUGGUCUCCAAACUGGUUGAUCACUGGCCUCUAUCCUUGGCAGAGACCCUGCUGCCGAGGCCCAGGGGUGGGCACUUGGCCUGCCCCAGGCCCAGAGGGCUUCCUAGUAAGGCCCAGUGAUCCCAGCCUCCCAGCAGCAAAGCUGCCUCCCUGUGAGCUGCCAGCUCCCAGUCAUCCCCAAGCCAAAGGUGCGGCCUUCACCAGGGGAUGCUGCAACUACCAAGGCCAAGUCUGGUCCCUUCUUCAG